GACACGUGUUGCUCUGUUUUCACCGUCCGAUCUCCCUCGCUUCUCCCUUCAAAUUCAUCCUCCGUCAACGAAAACCCACAACCAACACUUCCACUACCAGAGAAUGUAUUGUUAACACACUCUGUAUCUAGGACUAUGUACGUAUCAGUAUGCGUGUAUGUAUAGAUAGGUUUUCUUUCCGCGGUGAAAUGUUGUUGGUGAAUGGAUUGUGAAGACGAUGUUUCAAACGAAAUGGCUUAUCAACAAUUCAAUGAUCAAAACAAGGAUAUGCAGAGGCUAAUACUCGACCAUCAACAUCCACUCACCACCGCAUCUGCGGCUGCGUCGUGGCUAAACAGCGGGAAUGCUCUCCGGCAGCAGAAUUUCUUGCAAGAGAGCAAGAACAGCGCGAACGAAGAUACCGAGGAGUUUAUUGGGAGAUUUGGUGAUAAUUGGGAAGGCGCGAGGUGCAAGGCGGAUAUAUUGGGGCAUCCGUUGUGCGAGCAGCUUUUGUCGGCUCAUGUUGCUUGCUUGAGAAUCGCUACGCCGGUAGACCAGCUGCCGAGAAUCGAUGCUCAGUUGGAGCAAUCGCGGGACGUGACGGAAAAGUACUCCACUGUCGGCAAUGGACAGGCCAUUGACGAGAAGGACCUCGAUCAAUUCAUGACAAAUUAUGUUCUAUUGCUCCGCUCCUUUAAAGACCAAUUGCAACAACAUGUUCGAGUUCAUGCUAUGGAAGCAGUAAUGGCGUGUUGGGAGCUCGAGCAGUCUCUGCAAAGUUUAACAGGUGUAUCUCCCGGUGAAAGCACCGGUGCAACCAUGUCUGAUGAUGAUGAAGACCAGGCAGAUAGUGACACCAACUUGUACGAUGGAAGUCUGGAUGGUCCUGACAGCAUGGGAUUUGGUCCUCUUGUCCCUACUGAAACCGAGAGAUCUUUGAUGGAACGUGUGAGGCAAGAACUGAAGCAUGAAUUGAAACAGAGUUACAAAGACAAGAUUGUGGAUGUUAGAGAUGAAAUUUUGAGAAAAAGAAGAGCAGGAAAGCUGCCUGGCGACACCACCUCUGUCUUGAAAUCUUGGUGGCAGUCACACUCUAAGUGGCCAUAUCCUACAGAGGAAGACAAAGCAAGAUUGGUACAAGAGACAGGUUUGCAAUUGAAGCAAAUAAAUAACUGGUUCAUUAACCAAAGAAAAAGGAACUGGCAUAAUAAUCCUUCAUCUUCUUCUACUCCGAAGAGCAAACGCAAGAGUGCAGGGGAAACCAACAAAGACCAUUUCAUGUAAUCGAGAAGAUAGCCGAGCCGGAUAUUUGCUUCAUUCCGUAGUGAUGGAAGUUGAGCAUAUCAGAACUGACUUUUCAUACUAUUGCAGCGGGGAGACACAAGCAGCUGGUGUACGUUAGAAGUAGUUUUGUGCAUAUUUGCUUUCACGGAAUAGCUAUAUGUAUGUUUGAUAUGCCUCGAGAAGGAUCAAGCUCACUACAUGGACAAGGGUGAUACUAAAUCACCAUUCAAUUCCAGUUUGCAGGUAUGCUUGAAGAAGUGGUUGUAUUUACAUGUAAUUUUGAGCACAAGAAAUCAACAGAAUCCAUCACCAUAAUAGCCUAGCAGUUUCUCUUCUAUCGCCUUGUGAUAAUUUAAUGCAUUUUUCUUUUGUAUAGACGUGUACUAGACUGUCGAACAAGUUGUGGGUUUACAGUUCAUAAUGUAAUUAUGUCUAUUUUAUUACUCUUA